AUGCAGUUUAUCACCAUUAUCAUUGCUACCAUGGCCGCUGUUGCCGCUGCAUCCCCUUACCCUGAUGCCUUCGAGAAGCGCACUUGCGUCGGCCACUACAAAGUUGCCUGCCAGAGCAAUGGCCCCUCUUGCUGCGACGACUGGCAGUGCGUUGGCGCCACUGAGUGGAAUGACGGUGUUUGCAUCCCUAACUACUAG